UGGGCAUACCAGCAUCGAGCGAGAGCUAGCUGCUUUGGGAAGCGUGAGCGCCCCUCUGUAUUUGCGGCCAUCUCUGCUGAGGGCCUUUCCCUAAACACUCUGGAAAGGAGCAGCACAGCAGCCUUGGCGGCUGUCAUGAUGAGUGGGAAUCACCACACCAUGUACGGCUUGUCACGGGCACAGGAGCAGCAUCAGCAGCACCAGCAUUAUGCCCACCCAUCCCAACAACACCAGCAGCCGCCCCCUUAUAACUACAACAGCAGCGGGAGCAGCAGCAGCCCCACCCCGCCGCCGGUGCACCGCGUGGAGGGUGGGACGCAACAGCUCAAUAACGCUACAAUAAAGGGAACGCAGCAUGAGCCUGGUUCCUCGUCGCCUCAACCAGGAGGUCAGGUCCGGCAAUUUGUCGGCAAAACUCGGACAUCGUGCGACUUAUGCAUCCGGCGAAAGAAGGGCUGCGAGUACGUCGAAAUCGACGGGAAGAAGCAGCAGUGCAAACUGUGCAAGGAGCAGCAGCGGGAAUGCGUCUUCUUCAUGAAGCCACGGCGGACUGCAAAGCGGAAAGGAGGGGCCUCGGCUGGGACUGCUUCUUCCAGGAGUUCUGCUUUGGUUGCGGCCUCGUCUUCGAAAAGGAAGGCGCCGUCGGCGGUGAUGAAACGGGCGCGAAUGGGCCCUUCGGCGGCAACGGGGCUCGUGGGCUAUGAGGAGAACGUGUUCGUCGGCGACUUCUUCGACCGGCUGGGCUUCUUCCCGCUGGCCGAUCAGCAGACGGUCCGACGGGCUCUCACGGAGGUGGUGCUCAGGCCCGCCGAAGAGCAGAGUUCCUUCCGGGGAGGGGCAGAGUCCGAUGAAGGCGUUUUCACGGGCGCUCCAGCGAUUCGAAAGUUCGGGUCCAACACGCAGGAGAGCAAGGCCUUGUCGUGCAUAAUGUGGUGCACGAUUGCGCUGGGCGCCAUGACCAACAACCUUAGCCUCCUCACGGUGAGGCGCUACGUCAAGCUGGCGGAGGAGGCGAUAGACGGCUUGUGCACCGAGGACGUGCCCACUGCCAAGGCCUACACGAUCAUGUCCAUGGUAUACGCGUGGCAGGACAACGUCGCGCUGUUCGCGAAAUAUCUGGGACGCGCCCAGGAGUUGGUUGACAGCAUGGACGCGUCAGAAGAAAUCCCGAUGGCGAGUGACAUCAUGAAAGAGCUCGAGCGGGUGCGGGUGCUGCACUACACUGAAGAUGAGGAUGUCAUCAACAAGUGCUGCUACGAGGCCGACGGCGAGCCUCCCACGAUGACACUCGCCAUGAUGAGCGACGCCGGGCUGUUCCACAUGGUUCGCUACUACACGAACGGUGUCUUCAAGGCGUUCUGGAGAGAUCUGCACAAAAGCAACUCCGACCUGCCCGAGACGACGAGGUUCGCCGAUAAACACCGUCAUGAGUGUUCCGCGAUCGAAGAAAUCGCCAACUCGCGGGAGAGGCUGAAGAAUUCGGCAGGCGGGCUCUACAUCCGCGCGGCGAUGCAGUUCAUGCGGCUCCCGCUUAAGACGAAUCCUGCGGAGGCGCUGAAGAGCACCAUCGUGCUCACCGAUAUCAUCUGCCAGGUCCCGGGGAUGGUUCGCUACGGUCCCCUCAAACAUUACGUACACUGCCUCGUGAUGAUGUUGAAGAGGCCGGCGAUACUCGGCGGUGACAAGGGAUCGUACGAAAAGCUUCGCAAGCUGUACAAUGUCCUUGACAUUGCUGGACCGGACAUUGAGGCGGCGGAAGACAUGGACAUGGCGAUGCUCUGCAAGCACCAGUUCUGCAACGGCAUGGCGUGGAUCCACCAGGAGAAAAUGAUCAAGAUGAAGAGAGCGCAGGAUGCGGCCGAGGCUGCAGCCGCUGCCGGCACCACCACCGGCACCGCUGUCCCUGGUCUUGGCGCUGGCGGGGGGCUCUCCGGGGGGGCUCUCGGCCCCGUGGCCUGCGUCAACGAAGGGGGUGCCGCGACCAGUACCCCAGGGGGCGCCGGCAGCAGCGCUCGGGGCUUUGCCGGCGGUGACACAAGCGGCGGCAGUAGUGCUUCCGCUUCUGCCGCCUCUUCCCCCCAUCUCCCGAGUCCCGGCGGCGGGGGGGGCAACAGGAUCGAUCACUUCCCGCAUGCCGCCGCGGCGGCGGAAGCUGCUGCUGAGGUGGGUGCCGGCGGCGGCGACUUGUACGCGACCCCGCCGUUCCCGCAGGAGCAGUCGCCUUUGCCCCAUCAUGCGCCGCUGUCUCAGUGCAGGGUGGAUGACCCCGUCGCAGCCGCGCCUUUCGAUGGCACGGGCGCGUCUAUGUUUCCCCCGAAGCAAGGGGGGACGGAGCCUUUCCCUCAGGCCCGGGGUGGCAGUGCUGGCGGGGGAGACGCUUCAGCUGACAUGUUUCCUCAGGGGUGGAUUUGGAACGACUACCUCCAGCAGGGAAGCCACCAGCAACAGCGGAGCCUUGGAAGGGGCGACCUGGCGACCCUUCACCCCAGGGGAGGGCCUUCCGCGGCCGCCUUCCUUGCACCGCCCCAGUCGCAACAGCAGCGGCAGCAGCAGCAGCAGUGGCUACAAGAGCGGCAGCAGCAGCCGCCGCAGUGGGGAGGAGGGGCACCGCCGAGUCCGCUGCGUAACGCGGCGGGUUCGACAGUCGCCGCGGGUGCGGGUGCGGCGGCCCAGCAGGGCGUGGAGGGAACAGAGAUGCCGGUGGAACUGUUCGAGUUCGCGCAGAACAAAGUGAGGCAGCAGCAGCAGCAGGAGUCCUUGCAGGAACUUCUCGGGAUGGAUGAGCAUGACGACAGCCGCAGCGUCCCCGAGAUCGGCGUGAUGGAUUCGGACGCGGAAGAGUUCACGCUCGUCUCCGCCGGGCUUGGGGCAGGGGGGGAGGGCGAAAGCCUGCACAGGCUCUUGUUCUCCCCUGGUGAAGAAUGACAAUGAUGCCAACAAUGCCAAGGUACAGUACAACCGAGAUUGGCGAGAGGUGGAUUCGGACUGGGACGAGUUCACGCUCAUCCCUGGCAGCACCGCCAGGGACGGGGGGAGAUGGCCUGCAAAGAAUGUUGUUCACGUGACUCGAAAAGGUGCUGUCUCGAGGAGAGGCCGGGCGUUGGGCGGAUCUUGUGUGUCGUGACACGCUCCUCUUGUCGAGGGAAGCCAAUCUUUGCUUUGGUCUGGGCAGGAAGAUUAUCCAUCUUUUAACGAGGAUGACGGAGGCGCGAAGGGGGGGAGCGUUGGCUCCCAGGACGUCGUCCGGGACGGGGAAGCGGGGGCGGCUAGUUGGUGGCUUUUAUUUGUCAUGUUGGAGAAAUUCAAGCUGUUCUGCCGCCCUUGAAUCUGCGGCCUGCUGUAGGACGGAAUCGAGAUUUAAGGGCAGUGAACGCUUGCAUCCAGGAGGGAUGGGUCAGGGGCUGCGAGAGACGGGGUUUAUGAUUGCAUGAGUUCAUCGACAUGUCCAAGGUGGCUUUAGGGAGUAGUACAUACUGAUGUUUCAGGGCAGGCGGGUCUCGGUAGGACAAGAAAAGCCAACAAGCUUAGUCCAUACGCAUUUUGUUGAGAAUUCCCUGCCCUGGAAACCAUUUUGACACACCAUCACGCUCUGACAAGCCUGGCUGGGCAGCGCGGGCGCGUGUUGGAAAGACUGACAGCAGUUGCCGCGGAAACCUUCACAAGAAAGAGAGGGGGUUCGGUUCUGUCGCAUCGUUUUUAAUGAUAUUGUCCGACGUAUGGACCAUGCACGCUUUCACGUGCUUGGCGUAACCGAGGUGCGGUGUUGAUGGUCGGAACAUUUGUAAGUUGAAGCAAUCGCAGGGUAUAUUUGUAAGUUCCUCCGCAGUGUAUAAAGCUCUACAAGAAGGGAUGGCGAACAAGAUAGUCACACGAGGGUUGGGGCGGGCGGAGGGGGAGGACUUGGCGGAGCGUACUUUCCUAGUGAAACUUGAGGUGUGUUGCGUCUCUUCGUUGGGUGUUAGAGUCAGACGAAGGAGCACGGACUCACCGGACGAAGAAUUGUAUGUGUCUUUCCCCUCUUCCUUUACAUUUAUAUUCGGCGAGUCGCAUGA